AUGAAAAGCAAGAAGCCAGGCAUAAAACAAAAAAAGAAACAGCAGAAGGAAAGAGGUGGAUCACACAAUCAAAAAAACACCAAGAGAAAAACCUGUUUCAGUUGUGGAGCAAAGCCUGUACAUCCAAGAGGUCAAUAGCCUGCAAAGCAAAGUGUUUUUAAAAAGUGUGGAAAACAGGGACAUUAUGGCUCUAGAUCUGUUUGUAAGUCCAAAAGAGGAGGGAAUGUUAACGAGUUACAAACCCAGCCUAUCGAUGCGCCCUCAAACGAAGACAGCAGAGCGGAAGACUAUACGCAAGUGUAUUUCUCUGCGGCCGCGCAUUAUUUGAAGACGGUAAUGGCAAAGACUCUUAAUUACUCUCACUCACAGCCUCACAUUCGCCCUCUUUGGGUUAGUAAGGAGCUCGAUCCCAUCACAGGUUUCCAGAUCUCCUGUAGAGUCGAUACAAAUGCAAGCUGCAACAUUUUACCUCAUUACAAAGAAAAAUCUAUUUUUGGAACGGACCUCAAGCUGGGACAACCGACAAUGAAUGUGAAAGGGUACAUUAACAAUGACAUUUCAGUUGAGAGUCUUGGAUCUUGUUGUGUGUACCUUCAUUAUGGCAAGCAAACAUACAAAGUUUCAUGUAUGGCAGACAGCAAAGAUUGCAUGAUCCUGGGCAGGCACCAAGCAUUGCUGAUGGUGAAUGUUAGCCUCCCGGAGAUCCAGCAGCCAGCUGUCAAGGCCAAAUGGAUACGUCCAUAAAAACCAUUACUGACAAGCCUGCGAAACCCCCUGCAGAACCAGUUAUUCCAGUGUUACAAGAAUGUACAGACAAGAACAUAACCUUAUCUGAUAAUAUAAUAUUCAGUUGAAGGAAGAUUACAAACCUGUCAGCAUCCCCCUCGUCAGGUAGCAGUGAGCCUUAAACCAGCCUACAAAGCAGAGUUGAAGAAACCAGUAGAACUUGAAGUAAUUAAAGAAGUCCAAGAGUACACUGAAUCGAUCAAUUCAAUUGUUCCUGUGAAGAAACCUGAUGGUUUCUGA